UCUCAAAGAAAGGGGAAAAUAGCGAGGAAGGCAUAAACCCUCGUCCCCCUCGCUGUCUCGCACCACCGCAACCGCCGCCAAUGGCGACGCCGCCGGCGCAGGCGGUGAGGCUCCGCCUGGUCUUCGACAACCAGCGCAUCCUCCGGCGGUCGCUGAGGGAGAGCGGCCUCCGCCGCUGCUGGCUCCUCCUCCCCCCGGAGCUGUCCACCGUCUCCGACCUCGCCGCGCACAUCGCGGCUCGGUUCCGCCUCCGCCGCUCCUGCCCCAGCUGCGUCAUCCUCUCGAUAGAUGGAUUCGUCUUACCACCGUUUGAGUCGACUUGUAUCUUCAGGGACAAUGACAUCAUAAGGGUAAAACAGAAAGCUUCCAAGAGGAUAACACAACAUAAUGAUGUGCACUGUAUUGAAGGUCCUGAGAUAGUAGAAAAACAACCACUUCCAACAGACGAUGAAAUGCUCGCAAUCGAAUAUAAGAAGGAUGAUGAUAGCAAUCAACAAGAAGGUGUACAGUAUAAUCAUCAGAAUGUAGUCAAUGCAGCUUCUCACUACAAUACACGAAAUGAUGAUAUAACUUUGAAGAGGAAAUGUCAAGAUGGAGAAAGAGGAUCACCUGGGACCUCAAAAAAAAAGAAACUGAAGGUGGCAAACACUGGAAAGCACACCGGUUGCAGCAACGAGGAUAAAGCCCACCAAGAUCAGGAUCAUAGUGGUUCCAAAAAGUUGAAGUCACCAUGUAUCGAUGAUGCCAAGAAGGUGAUGCUAGCUGAAGCCGAUGUUACCUUGGAGAAAGAGCAGAUAUCAAAGAGGGACAACCAAACCAAGUUGAAUAGCGAAACAAAGGAGGAUGAUUGUAACACUCAAAGCGAUAUUAAAAAGGUAUCUAGAAGUGCUCGGCGUAAGAAACUCAAAAGACAACUUAGACAGAAAGCCAAAGAACAAUUGAAAGAGAAAGAGCACUGUCAAGAACAACCAACCGUGGCUGAUUGUCCAUCGUCAAACAACCGAGAUGUUUUGCCGUCCCCAUCAAGCAAUCAAAACAACUCGAGCUUGCCAUUUGUAAGGCAUGAAGCAGAUGAGGAAGAAUCUGAUACAUCGGAUGAUAUUGUUCCAGUUGUGGUUAGGCCUGGCCACAUUCGCUUUGAGUCAGCAGGCGGAGAAUCAGAUAAAUCACCGGUGAAGGAAAUACAGACAACUUUCCAGUGGAGUGGAACUACAAGCAAAAAGAAGGGUCAGAAGUGGGGAAUGGACAACUCAAACAAGAAAAGCUCUGAUAUCAGCUAUCAUGGGAGGAUAACUGGAACUGACACUGAAGUUAACCACCAUGUGGCUGGCAACUCUAAGACUAGUGAUAAUGAUUUUGGUUUGGCCAGUAAUCAAAAGGUUGGUGAGAGCAGUCAUGUUGGAUCAGCAAGUGAAAAGAUUGUUGCUGAGAAAGGGAAGUCUAGCAGUGAACCUUUAGAUUUUGACAGCCUGUAUCCCCUAACACGACUUCCCAAGGAAGGAGAUCUGAUUGUUUAUCGGUUGGUUGAACUGUCUUCCUCUUGGUGUCCAGAGCUUUCUUCAUACCGUGUUGGCAAAGUUCUUAUAUAUGAUCCCAUAUCUUUGAGGAUCAUUCUCUUACCUGUUCCUGAGUAUCCGUUCACUGCUGGAGAAAAGAAUGGUGAAGACGAGUCAGAGAUGCUGGUGGACAUGUCACCUUACAAGGAAGAUGGUUCCUUGGAGAUCGAGUACUCUUCGCUUCUUGAUAUUAGACUGCUCAAGGACACUGAUUCCGUGCAACCGGCUGUUAGUACUCCCCUGACAGAAACAGGCAUUAAAGGUGGAUCCCAUGCCCAAAAGCCAGCUAAUUUAGAUAAUCAUAAAGGUAAAAUUCACAGCGAAAAACUGCCAAACAACACCAAAGAUCCAGAAGCCACGCAAGAAAAAACACAAAACACGGUCUGGGAGGAAAAUGGAGAGGUCGCAAAUGACGAGCCUGCUGUUCAGGAAAAUGGCUGGGGAACUUGGACACCAAAUGCCAGUACAUCUGCUUGGUCAUAUAGAGCACUAAGGAGCAGUGCCCUUGGUCCAACACUUGCACAUUUGAGAGGAAAAAAUACCAAGAGGGGUAGACCUUACAAUCGGAAGUAUGGCAAGUGAGGUUGCUGUAUGUAAUCGCCGCUUGGCCUGUUCUUUUGUAGUUUUUGUUUGUAUGUAAUGGUGGGCUGAGCUAGGAUUGCUAUGUUACUGCCUGUUCAUGGCGAUAUGGGAUCUGAAUCUAAGACACCUAAAUUAGUCCCUAGAGAAGGGUUCUAAACUGUUGAGCUCUGACAUUUAUGUGAAACUGGAGUUCAACAAGUCUGUUAAAGAUGGAUGCCAUUAGGCACCUGGUUGGUAAGAUUGCAUUAGAAGCGUUAUUGGCAA